AAACUUAAUGUUCUCCUCCAGAAAAUCCCAACCUUUGUUCACUGCCAAACAGAAACCUAAAACCUUUGCCUCUCUGUCUGCAGAUUAAUCCUAACGAUGGCAUGGGUGCAAAUCCUGAGGAAUACAAGGGAAAUUCCUGUUUCAAAUCCAUAUGGGUUCUCGAGAUUCUUCUCCAGGUCCACUCCUUUUGUUGUGAAGGUUGGAAUACCGGAAUUUCUCAAUGGAGUAGGGAAGGGAGUUGAAACUCAUGUGGUGAAGCUGGAAUCUGAGAUUGGUGACUUUCAGAAACUGCUCGUCACCCGCACUCUUAAGCUCAAGAAACUUGGAAUUCCUUGUAAACAUAGGAAGCUGAUACUGAAAUAUGCUCACAAAUAUAGGUUGGGUCUGUGGAGGCCUAGAGCUGAGUCUUUGAAGGCCUAAUUAAUGAGUCUAAUCCUUUGAGAGCUAUACUAAGAUGUUGCUGUACCUCAGAUUUGUGGAUGGAUGUAUGUUUCUAUGUAUCAGAUUGAAAGUCUAGGAUUUUUGGCCUCCAGUGGACAUUAGUUUAGUGAUUUAGAUCAAAAUAUCCAAUGCAUGGUUCACUGAAUUUAGUGAAGCAAAAUUGACUUGCAUCCGAAAAAUUAUUCAAUUUUUUUCUUGAGCA